AUGAAGCUUGAUUUACUUUUUCUCACAGCUUCUCUCGGAGUAUCUACUAUCCAUGGAAAAGCUAUUCAACAGAAAGAGCCUGCUUGCAGAAAGACGAAAGUCGCAAUACUAGGUGCAGGCGUUGCUGGGAUUACGGCUGCGCAAACACUUGCAAACCGAUCGAUGACGGAUUUCGUCAUUGUUGAAUACCAAGGUAGAAUCGGCGGGCGUCUGCAUGAUGUCAAGUUUGGGAAAAAGAAAGAUGGAUCCCCCUAUACUGUUGAGGCCGGUGCAAACUGGGUCGAAGGGCUUGGAGGGACAUCAGGUCAUCCGGAAAACCCAAUAUACACAUUGGCCAAGAAAUAUAAGAUCCAAGCUCUGGUGACGGACUAUGAUAGUAAAACGACAUAUGAUAAGACCGGCAGGAAUGAUUUUUCCAAAAUAAUAGCAAAUGCUGCAUCUGCUAUGGACAAGGUGGUUGCUCAUGCUGGAUCGUUGUUAAAGAAUAACAUCCAGGACAAAACAGUUCGUGCGGCUCUUCGAUUUAUGGGCUGGAAUCCGGCCCCGAAUAAUGCACAUGCGCAGUUUGCAGACUGGUUUAGCAGCGACUUCGAAUCCAGCUUCAGCCCGGAGGAAAAUUCUGCGAUAUUCUCCUCCGUUGCCGAUAAUGCUACUUUCGCUCAUUUUUCGGAUGACAAUCUUUUCGUCUACGAUCAACGAGGCUACAGUGCUUUUAUUAGGGGCGAGGCUGCCACAUUUCUUGAGCCCAAUGACCACAGACUGCUCCUGAAUACUGUCGUUAAGCUUGUUAAUUACACGGACGAUGGUGUAACUGUUGUGACAGACAACGGUGGCUGUAUCCAAGCUGAUUAUGCAGUUUCAACUUUUUCUCUGGGGGUGUUGCAGCGUGAUGUGGUACAAUUCUAUCCUCCGUUUCCUAGCUGGAAAAAGUCUGCCAUUUCAAGUUUUGAAGUAGGAACAUAUACCAAGAUAUUCCUUCAGUUCGACAAAGCAUUCUGGCCAAACAGUCAGUAUCUUAUGUACGCGGAUCCUCAUGAGAGGGGUUAUUACCCUCUUUUUCAGCCGCUGGACCUCCCAGGUGCUCUACAAGGCUCCGGGAUCCUUGUGGGAACGGUUGUGGGUAAGCAGGCACGCAAAGUAGAGGCUCAAACAGACCAGGAGACCAAGACCGAGAUUAUGAAAGUGCUUCGAACGAUGUUUGGAAAGAAUAUUCCAGACGCAACUGCUAUUUGGUAUCCACGGUGGAACCAGGAACCUUGGGCCUACGGUUCUUACUCAAACUGGCCUCCGUCAACAAGUCUUCAGGCACACCAAAAUCUCCGAGCAAACGUUGGCCGGCUCUUUUUUGCUGGUGAAGCGACAAGCCAGGAGUUUUAUGGAUACUUGCACGGUGCUUUGUAUGAGGGACGUGCGGUAGGAGAGAUGCUGGCCACUUGCAUUGGUGGUCCGAAGCAGUGUACGGAUGAGAAUGGACAGCCACGGUACCCAGUACUGACUGGAGUCACUCCGUUUGAUUUGUACAACAAGGAGAAUGGAUGGUUCGUAGACACUAUGGUUUAG